AAACUUGUAUGCUUAUUUUCGAUUUAUUAAGAUGUAAUUUAUUACUUUAAAUUCAAUUUCCCCAACAAGAACAUCUGAAGAGUUAAAUAUGUUUCUUCCCGCCCUCUUGGCAGCGUGUGAAUAGUAGUGACUGAGUCAGAGCGGGAGUGACAGAGGAAGGAUGAAGGAGUGGGAGGGGUAGAUGUUCAUGUCAAACUAGCUUCGUAAAUAUAAACAAAGCCUCGCAGUUCAAGAAAGUGCCAUUGUUUUGUGCCUAAAGGAAACAGAGGAAGCGUGGUGAUUUGUUGCUCUGCAACGUGAUUUCUACCAAAGCGUUCAGAGACAGAUGGAUAAAAAAUAAUUCUUUAUCAUCUUCAGACAUGAGUGUGCUGAACAAGAAACUUGAGAAGGAUGUGACAGAAGAAAGCAGUUUAGAUGUUGGAGUAUUGAAACGGAAAGACAAGUUGGAUGUUUUAGUUCUUAGCACAGGACAUCUUACUAGAAAGACAACCUAUACGAAGAAGAAGAGAAACCAAAGAACCCUUGUUAACUUCAAUUUACCAAGACCUCAGAUGCAGUCACUGAAUGGGAAGAGACCAAAUAGUCAGCGAAUGCAGCCAGAUAUAACUACUCCACAACACGAUGAUUUAAUUAAAUACAUAUGUGACUCGUGGAACAAAGUCACAAGAGAACUAGAAAACUUUAGUCAAAAUGGAUCUGAAAAUGGGAAAGGAGGUCCUUGUGUUCUUUAUUAUGCAGAACAAGAUACAAAUCCUCAGUUGAAAGAUUUUGAACCUUUUGAUCUGGAGGCUUGGUGGGGCCAACGUGUUGUUAAGAAUUACAAGCAUUCACAGUCAACACCAUAGUUAAGCAUGAAUCUUUUAUUUUCAACCAAAAUUUCAUCUGCCAUUGAAUAAAGAACAAAUAAUUUUUCAUUACAUUAUUUAACAAAGAUGGUUAGAUUACACAACUUGUGAAAAACCAUGAUAAAUUUCCCAUGUAACAUUGCUAGUGUUUACUGGCAACAGAAAUUCUAAAUUAUUCUGAGUUAUAUGCACUUGUUAAAGGACAAACACUUUUAUUCAUAGUUCGUAAUGAAAGUUGUGAUCUAACAUGUCUCUGAAAAGCUUAUGAACAAGAGUACACAUGAGAAUUAAGUAAAUACUGUUAAGAAUGUUGAGACACAUGGAAAUAAUUUCACAUUCCUAUUUCUUUCAACUGUGACACAGCCCAAUUAUUGGUUGAAUGCUUUUAACCCUUAUGUAUUAUACCUUAUUUAUUGAAAUUAUGUUAUCAUUUUUCUAUAGUUAAUUGCAUUGUAUUUUUGUUUGUAAACCUGUGUUUAACACUUUCUUUUCAUGUGAGGUUCCAUUACCCAAUAGAUGAAAACUUCAUACAAGUGCCUAGUGGUUUCUUUUGAUAAUUUAUUUAUUUACUUCAAAAGGACUCUUAGGUAUAUAUCGAAUAGUUAUCUCACAUGAAGAGACAGUUUGGUAUUUCUCAUUACUAAGUAAUGUACACACCUUCAAUAAGAAACAACAUAGUUUUUUUAAGGUGUAUCUAAUUUUGUGGGAAAUACCUAUAGGUAAAUAAAAUAAGUAAUUAGAACUUCUGACUUUGUUAGUUUUUGUACAACACAAAAACAAAGCAAUACUGUAUUUUUAAGAGACGUAGACUUGUUUAUUUGAGUCAGAAUUUCACUUGCAAGACUAAAAAUAAUGACACCAUUUUUAUACCAGAUAUAUUGUAAAAAUGACAUUUUCUUGAUGAUUGUAUUGACUGUAACUGUUGAAUCUUAUUGGAUCGUUUUGUAGAACUUAGAUUUGUAAAUGAAAGCUUCAGUCAGUGAAGUAAAAUUUAUAGUAAAAAUCUUCAGUUAUUAGUUGCACUUUUUUGGAAAUGUGCAUCAUGUGUAUUGAUGAAAUUGGUGUAAGAAAACCACAAAAUACCUGGAGCCUUUGUCCUUCUAUAUAAUAAUACAGAAGUAAUAUGUAAGGUGUUUUGUACAUUGGGGUUGCUUUUAUAAGACACUUUUUAUGGUUUUUCUGGACUGCACCACCAUCACUGCCACCACCACCACCAC